GUGUUUCUUGUCGUGGCAUUGGGUCUUUCGGUUUCAUUAUCUGACGUCUUAUGGUUACCUCUGGCCUGUGUGCGACUCCAAAUCCAAGUGAUCAGUGUUGAUGGAGCCAAAGCUGUUAUUGCCGAGGAGCCGCCGGACUUGCCUCAUGGCGAACAUUGUGCUGAUCCCCUACCCCGUGUUUCCCCACCUCCGCUAGCUCCUGCUCCACCUUCCCUACCCGUUCUUACCCCCACCAUCCCCGAUCCUGACUCUUCUGAUGUCAUUGACAUUCACACUUCGUGUAGUGGUCGGCGAGUCCAUUUUCCCGAUCUUUUUAUAACUCAGGUGUUUUAA